AUGACGGGACUAGGCGGCGGCGCGGCGGCCCCCGGGGACUACGUCUACUUCAAGUCCGUCGUCCCGCUCCACAAGAUCUCUAUUGGAUCAAAAUUGUGGAGAUAUUAUGAUUUUGGCCCCAAGGCUGUGCCACCCCUUAUCUGCAUCCCAGGAAUUGCUGGGACGGCUGAUGUAUACUAUAAGCAGAUAAUGUCCCUCUCUAUGAAGGGUUAUCGAGUAAUAUCUAUUGAUGUUCCCCAAGUUUGGAAUCACCAUGAAUGGAUUCAUUCCUUUGAAAAGUUUUUGGACUCCAUGAAUAUCCAUCAUCAGGUUCAUAUCUGUGGUACAUCUCUUGGUGGAUUUCUUGCACAAAUAUUUACUCAAUACCGCCCAAGGAGAGUAAAGUCCUUGGUGCUAUCAAAUACCUUUCUUGAGACACACAAGUUUGCUGCUGCUAUGCCAUGGUCUCCACUUGUCAGUUGGACCCCUUCUUUUUUGCUGAAGAGGUAUCUCUUAACAGGAAUUCGAGAUGGUCCACAUGAACCAUUCAUUGCAGAUUCUGUGGAUUUUGUAGUGGGUCAGGUAGAGACAUUAUCAAGAGAAGACCUUUCGUCAAGGUUGAUAUUAAAUGUCAAUGUUGCAUCAGUUGGGUCAUUAUCGCUACCUGAUUCAUUCAUCACAAUAAUGGAUACGAACGACUACUCUGCUGUUCCUCAGCAGUUGAAGGACCAAGUGAAUGAAAGGUACCCAAGUGCAAAGCGUGCAGUACUGAGGACUGGUGGGGAUUUUCCCUUCCUGUCACGUCCAGAUGAGGUCAAUUUGUACCUUCAGCUACACUUAAGGCGAGUUGGAGUAGAACCAAGACCAGAUCUAGUCCAGGGUUUCACACGGGAUGGUAGCUCCGGGAGCUCAAACGACCACGAAGAUGGAAACAGUUUUGAUGACCAUCCCAGAGAUGAUGGGGACCGUAGUUCAGGUAGUGAUGGCCGUAAGACGGAGCACUCUGAAUCAGGGCCACCUAAUUCAGAUGGACUGGUACCAACAAGCAUAGUGCUAGGUAUGGUCAGUUCAGCUCUGCAUGUUUCCCUAUGUGCGUGCUCAUGA